AUGGCAAAAUUGUUAAACGUUAAAAAAAGAGAGGUACCCACUUUAUCGGUCUCCUCCUCAACAUCGUCUGCUGAUCAGUCCAUAGAUGAUGAUGAUGAUGACAUCAGUGAAAUGAGCGACAAAUGUUGUAGUGGCAAUGACAAUAAGAAUACAGUGCUUGGUGGUGAUAGUGCUAAGAAAAGCGCAUCCAAAACGUCUGGAAAUCCUUAUAAAAUAACAAUAGAAGAACCGAAUGGUGCCAACAGCUAUGCUGGUAAUAAAAAUAUAGCUGAAGGUCUUAUGGAUAUUUCUCUCUUGGCAGCUAAUGCCAAUCAGUUGCGCUUUCUAAUUACCUACAAUCACGAUGCUUCCACUUACUACAUUAGCAUGGCUCUGGUAUCGUUAUCGUUAAUAAUGCAAAUAACAGUUGGAAUAGCUUUGAUCUUUAAGCGUCGUUUUCGGAGAUGCCGUAAUAAACGUUACAAUGAAUUUAUUUUGGGCGGUGUGUUUGUCAUCACCGUUGUGAAUAUACUUCUGGCUGCUUUUACCACCACAAAGAACGAUGUGAAAUAAUUGAAA